AAAAAAAAUGUACUAAUAUUGGCAACCGACUUGGGCAGCGCAUGAAUCUGUGCAGUAGUACAUUGGUGUGUUGUCUGGCAAUCGGGUAGACGCUAUCAUUAAAUCAGUAUAUAAUUAAAAUGACUCAAUAUAAAAAUAAAUUAAUAUAAAUUAUUCUAUAUAAAAACAAUUGAUAAAUUCAUAAAUUAAUAACCAAAAAAUAAUAGUCUACAAAUUGUGUAACAAUUUUAUAAAAUAUCAAAAAACUCAGUCGAAAUAAUAAUAAUAACGAUAAGUAAAAAAUGUAUCAAGAAAUUAUUAUUCGAAAUAUUAAAAGAAUUAAAAUGUUCAAGACAAGUGUUAAUAUAGUUUGUCGACUUCAUACAAAUAAUAAGAAACGAAUAUUUUCAUCAGUUAAAAAUCAAUUCGUUGGACAUGGAAAAUUUUUUAAUUCACCACAGCUGACUAAUUUGGAUUUGGAAAAACAAUUUGUUCAAUUUCGCAAUUACAGCUUUAUUCAUGACAGCCACUACAUGUAUACAAAGGAUCAAGACAAUGCAACCAAUGCAGAAGAUGUAUUAUUUGAUAUGUUUAAAAAUGAAGAAACAGAAUUAUUAUCUGUUGGAAAAUUUUUAGCUGCACUACGUACAACUGGAUUACGAAAAAAUGAUCCACGACUUCAUGAAUUAACUGAAAAUUUAAAAGCAGAACAUGUGAAAUCUGGUGAAGCUAGUGGAAUAUCACAUGAGGCACAAAAAUUAAAUAGAGAACAAUUUAAAAGGAUUAUUACUCCAAAUAUUGUACUGAUAUCACGUGCAUUUAGACAUCAAUUUAUAAUACCAGAUUGGGCUGGUUUUACAAAACACAUUGAAGAUUUUUAUUGGAAAUGCAAGACAAAUAGUGAAGGUAAAGUGGCAUCAUAUAUACCACAAUUAGCAAGAAUGAAUCCAGAAUAUUGGGGUGUUUCUGUAUGUACAAUUGAUGGUCAACGUUUUAGUAUUGGUGAUACAACAAUACCAUUUACUUUACAAAGUUGUAGUAAACCAUUGACAUAUGCAAUUGCACUUGAAAGUCUUGGACAAGAAGUUGUACAUCAGUAUGUUGGUCAAGAACCAUCAGGAAGAAAUUUUAAUGAACUUGUACUUGAUCAUAAUAAAAAACCUCACAAUCCAAUGAUAAAUGCUGGUGCAAUAUUAGUUUGUUCAUUGUUAAAAAGUUUAAUACAUCCUGAAAUGACAUUGGCUGAAAAAUUUGAUUUUACUAUGGAAUAUUUUGAGAGAUUAGCUGGUGCUGAAAAUUUAGGUUUUAAUAAUGCUGUAUUUUUAUCUGAACGUGAAGCAGCUGAUAGAAAUUAUGCACUAGGUUUUUACAUGAGAGAACACAAUUGUUAUCCUGAUAAAACAAAUUUACGAGAAAUUAUGGAUUUUUAUUUUCAAUGUUGUGCGAUGGAAUCAAAUUGUGAUGCUAUGUCAGUAAUGUCAGCAACAUUAGCAAAUGGUGGAAUCUGUCCAAUAACUGAAGAAAAAGUAUUGAGACCAGACAGUGUAAGAGAUGUUUUGAGUCUAAUGCACAGCUGUGGAAUGUAUGAUUACAGUGGACAAUUUGCUUUCAGAGUUGGAAUUCCAGCAAAAUCUGGUGUAUCAGGUAGUCUACUUGUUGUCAUUCCAAAUGUUAUGGGUAUAUGUACUUGGUCACCACCAUUAGAUCCACUUGGUAAUUCAUGCAGAGGUGUACAAUUUUGUGAAGAACUUGUUAAUGAAUUUAAUUUUCAUAGAUAUGAUAAUUUAAAACAUGCUAUGAAUAAAAAAGAUCCAAGAAGACACAAAUAUGAAACAAAAGGAUUAUCAAUUGUUAAUUUAUUGUUCAGUGCAGCAAGUGGUGAUGUUACUGCAAUGAGAAGACAUAGACUCAGUGGAAUGGACAUGACAUUGUCAGAUUACGAUGGUCGAACAGCUUUACAUUUGGCAGCAAGUGAAGGUCAUCUAGACAGUGUUGAAUUUCUCAUCGAACAGUGUGGAGUACCUCAUGAUCCCAAGGACAGAUGGGGAAAUCGGCCUAUCGAUGAAGCACAAACAUUUGGACAUACACUUGUUGUUGAGUAUUUAAAUAAUUACGAGUUGGGUAAAAAAAUGGAAGAAACUGAUGAAAAUGAUAAUAAUGAUAAGCAAAAUAAUAAUAACAAUGAAAAAAAUAAUAAUUCAUCACAUAAAAAAAAUGGUAGUGGUGGACAAACACCGUUACUUUAAAUGAAUUAAAUUAAUUUAAAAAAAUUAUAUUUACGUAAGACUGAAAAUGUCUUUGAUAAAAAAAAAAAAAAAACCUAAUAGUCAAUCAGACAAGUCAAUACGCUCUUUGGAAUUUAAUUAUUAAAAAACUGUGAUUUACAUUGAAGCUACGUAAAAUUAUCUACAAUUGAUAUUAUUUAUAAAUUAUUUAUAAUUUUACAAUUGCUUGUUUACAACAAUCAACAUAUCCAUCUGAGUAUUAUUUUAUAAAAUUAUAUCAUCAUCAUUUUUACUUGUGUUUUUAUUUUAUAAUUCCAUAUUGACAAAGUGAAAAAUGUUAAACUUGUUAAUAUUUAUUUUGAAUUAAAUCUAGUCAUUAAUUAAUCAAAAUAAAAAAAGACAAUAAUAAAUAUACUGUUGUAAAAUGUUAAAAAUAUAAUGGAUAAAAAAAAUUCACUCACAAAUUGUGGUAAUUCCAUUAACAACAAUAAUAAUGAUAAUUAAUUUUCUGAAUAUAUUUAUUGCUUAUCUAGCAAAAUUGAUAAA